GAGACAGAGGACGGAGCGGAUCCCGGCAGCCGCAGUACGUACCGACCGAGCCCGCAGGGCUACCGCGCAGCACCCGAGAUGGAAGCUAACGGCGUUAACUCGGUGCACUGGUUCCGGAAGGGACUGAGGCUCCAUGACAACCCUGCGCUGCUGGCUGCCCUGCACGGGGCCCGCACUGCCCGCUGCAUCUACAUCCUGGACCCCUGGUUCGCAGCCUCCUCUUCAGGGGGGGUCAACCGGUGGAGGUUCCUCCUGCAGUCCCUGGAAGAUCUGGACGCCAGUUUAAGGAAGCUCAAUUCCCGUCUGUUCGUGGUACGAGGGCAGCCGGCGGACGUCUUCCCCCGACUCUUUAAGGAGUGGGGGGUGACCCGUCUGACCUUUGAAUACGACUCGGAACCUUUUGGAAAGGAGCGCGACGCUGCAAUCAUGAAGCUGGCCAAGGAAGCCGGCGUCGAGGUCAUCGUGGAGAAUUCACACACCCUGUACGAUCUGGGCAGGAUCAUUGAACUCAACGGCCACAGCCCCCCGCUAACUUACAAGAGGUUCCAGACGAUCAUCAGCCGCAUGGAGCUUCCACGCAGACCGGCCCCCGGGGUCACGCCGCAGCAGAUGGACACGUGCCGCGCGGAGAUCGGGAACAACCACGACGAGACGUACGGGGUGCCGUCUUUGGAGGAGCUGGGCUUUUCGUGCGACGGUCUGGGCCCCGCUGUGUGGCCCGGAGGAGAAACUGAGGCCCUGGCUCGGCUGGACAGGCACCUGGAGAGGAAGGCUUGGGUGGCAAAUUACGAAAGGCCGAGAAUGAACGUCAACUCGUUGCUGGCCAGCCCCACCGGUCUCAGUCCGUACCUGCGGUUUGGAUGCCUGUCCUGCAGGCUCUUCUACUACAGACUCAGGGAGCUGUAUCAGAAGGUCAAGAAAAACCGGCCCCCACCUCUGUCCCUGUAUGGUCAGCUUCUCUGGAGAGAGUUCUUCUAUACUGCGGCCACCAACAACCCCAAAUUUGACCAGAUGGAGGGGAACCCCAUAUGUGUCCAGAUACCCUGGGACAGGAACCCCGAAGCACUUGCCAAGUGGGCCGAGGGAAAAACGGGUUUCCCGUGGAUUGAUGCCAUCAUGACGCAACUUCGCCAAGAAGGCUGGAUCCACCACCUGGCCAGGCACGCCGUCGCCUGCUUCCUAACCCGAGGGGACCUAUGGAACAGCUGGGAAUGUGGAGUCAAGGUAUUCGACGAGCUUCUGCUGGACGCGGAUUUCAGCGUGAACGCCGGCAGCUGGAUGUGGCUCUCGUGCAGCGCCUUCUUCCAACAGUUCUUCCACUGCUACUGCCCGGUGGGCUUCGGGAGGCGGACGGACCCCAGUGGAGACUACGUUAGGAGGUACCUGCCCGUGCUGAAGGACUUCCCAUCUCGCUACAUCUACGAGCCGUGGAACGCGCCCGAGUCCGUGCAGAAAGAAGCCAAAUGCAUCGUGGGAGUCGAUUACCCCAAGCCUAUUGUAAACCACGCAGAGGCGAGCAGACUGAACAUCGAACGCAUGAAGCAGACCUAUCAGCAGCUGUCCCGGUACAGAGGCCUCUGUAUAUUGGCCUCAGUCCCAUCCUGCGUGGAAGAGAUCAGCGGCCCCAUCGCGGAGUCUGCCCCCGGACGCGAUAACGGUACGGAUACAGCCCCUAAACUCUCCUUGUGUUCUCCCGACUCCCCCAAACGAAAACUCCAAGGAUUAGAGGACGAGGCAUGUAAGAAAGCCAGAGUGAUGAGUGUUGAGGCCGCGGACAGAACCUCGAAAAACGUUUGAGUGAGGAUGUGGCGUGAGGCGUCUUCCAUCAGGCAGCGAACCCAACAUAUCGCAGCAGUUUAGGAGUUCGUGUAAAUUGCACUGAGCCUGGCGAGAGGC